UUCCCCCACCACUACACUAGCCGCGAUCCGCAACUGGGCCGUUUCUUGCAAAGGCGCUUCUGUGUUAUCUGUUUUUAUUUAUUUAUUUGGACGUAAAUGUAUAAUUUGCUCUUGCUUAGGGCGGCACCAAAAAUGUAUCACCUUAAGUUUCUUUCCGAGUAGACAUUUUCAGCUUGACAGAUGCGCUUUAUACUGUCAACGGAUUAAACUUGAUGUGUACAGAAGGUUAUGUUUCCCUGUGCACAAGUUUAGGCAUGUAUUCGACUGUCGGCUGCUAGGUUUUAAAAGAACGACUUCAAAAUGAUCUCACUUUGUCGCCGAGUUAGAGUUACCAACCACUUUCUCCCUCGGCUUUAUAGCUCUGAUGUUAAUUGGUCUUCGUCUGAUGUGCGAAAACGAUUCAUUGAAUAUUUUGUCAAUGAAAACAGUCAUAAGUUUUUGCGCUCAUCUCCUUUAAGACCAAUAAGUGAUCAGACUAUUCCCUUUGUUAAUGCUGGAAUGGUUCAGUUCAAGUCUGUGCUACAAGGAAAACAUUUGCCUCCAGCCCCUAAAGUUGCAAACAGUCAGAAGUGUGCUAGGGUUGGAGGAAAGCACAAUGAUUUGGAUGCAGUCGGUCUGGAUGGUUAUCAUCAUACAUUUUUUGAAAUGCUUGGAAGUUGGUCUUUUGGAAGUUGUGACAAGGCAGAGGCUUGUAAAAUGGCGUGGAAACUUUUAACCGGGCCAUUUGGGCUGAGUCCUGCUCGAUUGUAUGUCACUUAUUUUGGAGGUGAUGGUCAAAUGGGACUACCUCCUGAUCAUGAAACAAAGGAUAUUUGGAGGCAGUUGGGGGUUCAAGACAGUCAUAUAUUACCGUUUGGCACAAGUGACAACUUCUGGGAAAUGGGCCUUGUUGGUCCUUGUGGACCAUGUACAGAAAUUCAUGUCGAUCACGUUCCAGACCGAACAAAUGCUGGAGCUAGGGUAAAUGCUGGAUUCUCCGACCUCACAGAGCUUUGGAAUCUUGUGUUUAUUCAGUUUAACAGAAACAAAGAUGGGUCACUGACUCCACUAAAAUAUUCUCAUGUUGAUACUGGAAUGGGCUUUGAAAGGCUUGUGGCUUUACUAAAUGGUGUCAAGUCCAAUUAUGACACAGACCUCUUCACACCAUUAAUACAGGCCAUACAUAAGAUUUCAGGCUGUGACCCAUACUCCCAUUCAUUUGAUGAAAAUGAUUCAACUUUCCAGAAAGAUAAAUCAUAUCGAAUCCUAGCAGAUCAUGCUCGUUUACUCACAGUUGCUAUUGCAGAUAAUGUGUUUCCCCACCUUGAAUGUAAACUAAGAUGGGUACUGAGAAGGGCUCUGCAAAUCAGUGACAAUUUUAUGGGGAAAGAGGGAACAGGAGCACCACUUCUUAUUGAACUCUCAAGUUAUGUCGCUGAUUCACUGCAUUCCGUAUACCCAGAAAUUGGGAAAAAUUUGGCCAAGGUUGAGAGAACAAUUUCACAUGAGGCUGAAAUUUAUCAAGCUGUAAGAAAAGAAUUUCCAAAGAACUGGGUUCAUUUAGUGAAAUCAAAACCAGAGUUGGAAAGUCUUUUAGUAUUUGGAUCAAACCGAAGUGCACUAUCUGCCGCCUAUCGUAAAAUGAAUAGUACGAAUGGCUUGAAUUCAAAGGUGUCCCCCGCAUUGGCUUAUCACAUGUAUGAAUCACAUGGUAUGAGUGCUGAAUUAAUAGGGGAAAUGGCAAAAAUAUCAGGAAAGACAUUUUCUGUUGAAGACUAUGAAGAAGAAUUUGAAAAGAGAAGACAACAGAGCAUGUUAUCAACUGCAACAAAGUUUGUUGCCUCCUCAGACAGUUUUGUGGGACUAUUAGACUCAGGAAAAGUUGCAAAGACAAAUGAUUUAGCAAAGUAUGAUUAUAGCCCAUAUGCUGAUCAAUAUAGUUUUCCAUCAGUAUCUACAAAGGUUGUUGGAAUACUGGAAGACGGAUCAUUAAAAAAAUCUGCUAAAGGAGGUAGUGAGUGUGGUGUGGUGUUAGACUGCACAAAUUUUUACCACACUGCUGGUGGCCAAGCUUCUGAUGAGGGAGAAAUUCUAGUUCCUUCAAGCAAUGGAAAAAUAUCACUGUCUGUUAAAGAAGUCUCCAAAGUGGGGAAAUAUGUUAUUCACUAUGGCAAUCUAAAUGGAACCCUGACGGUCGGUGAUAGUGUGAUUACAAAGAUAGAUGAAGCGAAAAGAAUGGCUUGUAUGAGAAAUCACACUCUGGCUCAUCUUAUUACGGCUAGCAUGCAACAAAUUUUUGAUGCCCCUCUUCAAGAAAAAUGCUCAGUUAAUCCAUCUCAUGUAAAAAUGGCAUACAAUCUUCAUGGUCAAAAAUUGACAGUUGAAGAGGUCAAGAGACUGGAGGAAUCAAUACAAUACUCUAUUGAUGACCAACUGCCGGUUAGUAGAUAUUCUGUAAAUUCGUGGGACAUACCACCUGGUACAACAGUUCUACCAGAUGAAACAUAUCCGGUUGACAACAUUCACAUCAUAGAUGUUAAGAGAGGGAACAAAAUCGUUUCAAGGGAGGCUUGUUGUGGAACUCACAUUAUGAACACAAAAGACAUUGGUAAAUUCUGCAUUUCGGAGGUCAUCCUGACAAAAAAGGCCAGUGUUAUUUGUGCUCUCACUGGCCCAGACGCUGCAGAAGCAUCUAGAAAUAGCAUUACUUUGUCAAAAAAUGUCAAUAGUUUUUUAAAACAAGUUUUAGCUGUUAGGGAAACUGUUCACGAUCUAAUAUCUUCAAAUUCUACUGAUUUACAAACACGUCAGUCGACUUUUGAUGCGAUCAUCAAAGUACAUGACACAUACAAUAGCAUCAAAAAAUUUAUGCUGGAAAACAGCAGAAGGAUUUCAUAUUUAACUUAUGAUGCGGCUUUGACAGGUGUUCGAGAAGGAUUGUCUGAAAUUCACUCUAUGGCUAGGGCUGCCACUGAAUUUGAUGUGAAAAGGAAAGCCAUAAAUGCAAAUUUUGUGGUUCAUUAUCUUCCACUCUCGGAGUGUUUGGAGAAAAUAUUACUUUCUAAGUAUACUCGCUUAGUUAAUGGUCCCGUUAUGUUAUUUGCUUUACACGAAAAUGAAACGAAGGUUCGCUGCUGUGUUCCUCAGGAAAUUGUGUCUGAAAACUUUAAUGCUAUGCUGUGGAUGCAAGAAGUGUUGCCCAUUUUGGUUCAGUCAGAAGGAGAUGUUGUGAAAACAAACUUUAGCAGUGAAGGUCUAACUUUAAGUAUACAAUCCAGAGCGUUUGUUUACAAAUCUAAAAUUCCCUUGAAAGAGAGAAAACAUCGAUGUUAUGAAGGAUGUAAAGCAGCUUCUAAGUUUGUUUCAAGACAGUUUAAAGGAAAAAAAGAAAAUUAAAACUUCAGUGUCCAUUUCAGUAAGUGAGUUAGUUAAUAAACAGAAAAACUACCAUGAA